GUUAGACUGUUAAAUCUUUAUUUCUUUAUGUUUUGCAAAUUUUCUCCUCUAGCUAAAAUACCAGAACCUUUAAAUUGUAGCCUAUGGCUGGAGGGGAUUAAGAUUUUUUUUACUGAGAAAAGAAGAACAAACAAGAAAGGGCCUAAACAUUCAUAGAAACGAAAAUACUAUUUAUUGGCAUGAGGUCUCUAUGUAGAAAGUACAGCUUGCAGCACAAAGUAUUUAUAAGCCAUUACUCAUUAUCAAAGUUGACACCAGCCAGAGCAUAGAAUAAUUCAAAGUAGUAGUGCAAGAUCAGAUGACAAGGAUAGACCUGGCCCAUAGAAUAGCCGAGAAUUGGACAUGGCUGAAUAGAUAACGUCAUCAUCAACAGCAAUCCAAUUUGGCACGUAUUCCCAACUGUAAUUUUCACUGAAUUCAGUGGAGUUGAUUCCCAGCUCCCUCCUAGUGGAAAUUCAGUUAGUAUUAUGUCUCCUAGGCUUCAGGAAAACUUUGAAGAUGUACCUGUUCAGUCUUGCACAGAAGGAAAGUAAUCUGUGAUUUGAAGCAUUCUGAAGAUAUGGCAUCUCAGUAUAAGUAUCUACUCACAGAAUGACUACACUCUAGUUUGGUUUUUCUUUGUCUUGAAGUUCUGAACAGCAAGACAUCCAGUACAGUGAGAACUUAUCUACUUUGAAAACAAUCUAAUAAUACCCGAAUAAAAGAUUUAGCUGCAGUUAUAUCACCCAGCAUGAUGAUUCUUUUCCGUCAAGGAUGUCUAAACUAGGAGUUCAAACUGAACUGAUGGAGUGAAUAAUGAUGUGUAAGAAGAAGUUGUGGAUGGUUUUGGCCCUGUGCUUUGCACUUUCCAUCUGGAAGAUAUAUAUUUCUGUUUCAUCUUUGUCCAAAAAUCUUGGUGAGAGGCUACUGCAAAACUCAUUAAUGAAAGAGGAAAUGUGUUACUAUAACAAAUGUAUUGGCCUAAGCAGUUGGGAUUGGUUUUGUGACCUCUUUGAUGCCUCCGUAAACUGCCUGCUGACUCUUGAAAACUCUGAUAUCCCACCAGAGGUUCUUCAGUGGUGGCUGAAGCUACAAAGUUCAAAAUAUGGCAGCCAAAUUCAGGAGAUGGUAAAAUAUCUGUCACCCACUGCUACAGUUCAGGAUGCUGUUCAUUGUGGAACUUGUGCUGUGGUAGGAAACUCAGGAAGGCUGAGGGGCUCUAAAUAUGGAGAGAAGAUAGAUUCUCACAAGUUUGUGAUGAGAAUGAACACUGCACAAGUUACAGGUUUUGAGGAAGAUGUUGGUACACGAACCACACACCAUUUCAUGUACCCAGAGAGUGCUAUGAAUCUCCAUCCUAAUGUGCAUCUUGUACUAGUCCCUUUCAAACCUCUGGAUCUCAAAUGGUUGGCCAGUGCCCUUUCAACAGGAGAUAUUCAGCAAACGUACAAAAGAGUUAAACGAUUUAUUAAAGCCGACAAAAACAAGAUUCUAAUAAUUCACCCUGGUUUCCUGAAAUAUAUCCAAGACAAAUGGACACAGCAUCAUGGAAAGUAUCCUUCCACUGGGUUGAUUACACUGAUUUUUUCCAUUCAUACUUGCACACGGGUUUCUGUCUUUGGCUUUGGUGCAGACAGCAAAGGGAAUUGGCAUCACUACUGGGAAGACAAUCAUAAUGCAGGAGCCUUUCUCAAGUCUGGAGUACACAAUGGCACUUUUGAACUACAACUCAUUGAAAGGCUGGCAACUGAAGGCAAAUUGGCAUUCUAUAAAUAGUUGAUACUUUACACUAUGCGUCUAAACUUCCUGAAUUAGAUUGAAAUAGGGAUAUAAUGCCCCCCAAAAUUAUCUUAGUCUUACAGGUCUUCACAUUCAGAUUUUUAAAAAUUAUCUCUGUUCUGGGUUCAAAGAAAAGUAAAACUAGAAUAAAACACAAGAAGAGGAGACAUUUCUGUUUGUUUCAUGCACCAAAUAUUAAAAAUAUGAGCAACAUGGUCCUGUUUUUCUGAAUGUAUGCAUUUUAGAACAACAGAGACUGUAAACACUAUUUGUUACUAGCUUCAGAUUUUGCUCCAUUCUCUGAGUAUGAAACGAUAGACAGAACAAUUCAGAUUUACUUAGCUGUGUUUUUGACACCAGAAGAAAUUGGAGCACCAAAAGUAGCAUCAAAAGAAACAUAUUUCUGAUUAUUUUCAGAAUUGGUGUUUGAAUGUGAAAUACAUCUUUGAAUUUGAAAAAUAGGCUUUCUGAUAACUCAUUUGGUGUUUCUCCUUCCCUCCAUCAUAAUUUGUAAAUUAAGUUCUCAAUAAAUUAUCCAAAUUUUUAAUAUUAUUUGAAUAUUACUUGAAAUGAUUAUUAUUUUAAUUUUAUUUGAAAUGAUUGCUGGAAAUAUGUUUAUUAAAUGUAUAUACAUCUUGCUGUUUGGAGUAAUUCUAGAUAUAUAUUACAACAGCCAUUAUUUAGGAAUGUCUAAUACACUAAUUGGCAACUCUAUAUUAGCUCCAUCAAUUGUAGACCCAAUAUCAAAACAUGUAAGAGUGAUGUUAGCAAAAAUGGGGAAAUUCACAUUAUUAUUUUUUUACUUAAAACUUCUAUUUAAACAAUGAUAAGCUAAGUAGUCAAUGAUUUGGUUCAUAACACAGUUUUCUAUGAUACUAGAUCAAUUUUUGUUGGCAUGACCAUUCCCGUGAUUAGACAUAUUGCGUGAUAAACUUUUUCUCUGUGAAGUAAAACUGAACUGCAGGAUAAAUCUA